AUGAUUAACCACUUAUAUCUCAACGGUGAUGAAUCUCAAGCCCAGGGCCCCGAUCACUCGGACCAGGAUUCGCAAUACGCCCCUACUCCAGGAUUUUACGGAUAUACACCACCCUCAAACUAUGGAAUCAGCCCUUCACCGGACCGUUGCCCUCAGGACGGCUUCGAGGACUUACUCGCUACCCAACCAGAAAUCAACGAGCUGCUUCAGCUCUCCGAAUGGGAGGUAAAUAGGCCAGACGACGAGCUUUCCGCAAGCUUUAUUCGGUAUACUAUCGAGUGGAAAGUCAAGGUUAAUAACCGGUCCGUGUCAGAGGAUACGGAACAGGACGUAGCCCUGAUCCCAAGUGCUUACUGGCCCUUGGUCCUUAGGGAAAAGCUGUAUAAGGUAAUUGAGGAGAAGGUUGCUCGCAAACGAAGGGUCAGGUCGGACAACACGUCCAUUGUUGUGUCCAUUAACGAUCGCAAACAACGCGACCUGAAAAAGCGGUUUAAUGGCCUCAGCAUUGACUGGACCACCGUGGAAAAACAAUUACUCGCGUGGGGGAAGUUUCAUGCUGGCGGCAAGGAGUUGCGGCUAGUGAUCAUCUUCAACUAUAUAGAGGACGACCACUGCAUUAGGGCUGCAACCGGGAGCAACGAGAAAAGAGGGAGGUCAUCGGUCACGAAAAGGAUGCUCAACGAGCGGGAUUAA